AUAAUAAUAUUAAAUUACUACAAAAGUUGUUCGUUGGGAGCUCAUUCACAGACCACUUGUAAAGGAGUACUAACAAUUUUAGUGCAAAUGGCGAUUUCUGAUGAAUCCCACCCUCUUUUACCGAAUCAAGAAGAAAUUGAGACGGCAAAUAAGAAGAAAUCCGGCGUCCCCGUCGGCAAGAUUGUGGCGGCGAUCCCGGUGGGAUGGACGGCAGACGGUCUACCCGUGUCUGAACCCAUGAUGGAGAGGACCCACUGGGAUUCAGGUCUCUUCUCUUGUCUUGGGAGGAACGACCAAUUCUGCAGUAGCGAUCUUGAAGUUUGUUUAUUGGGUAGUUUGGCUCCUUGUGUGCUCUACGGGAGCAAUAUAGAACGGCUUGGAUCGUCUCCCGGUACAUUUGCUAAUCACUGCUUGCCUUAUACUGGCCUGUAUCUGAUGGGGAACACCUUUUUCGGUUGGAACUGUCUUGCCCCUUGGUUCUCCUAUCCCAUCCGUACAGCCAUUCGCCGCAAGUUUAAUCUAGAGGGAAGCAUUGCAAGAUCAUGUGGGUGUUGUGGAAGCUUAGUAGAGGAUGAAGUUCAACGUGAGAAAUGUGAGACGGCCUGCGACUUUGCUACUCAUGUCUUCUGCCAUGCGUGUGCUCUUUGCCAGGAGGGGCGUGAGAUCCGUCGUAGGCUUCCACAUCCUGGCUUCAAUGCCCAACCCGUCCUAGUCAUGAUUCCCCCCGGGGAACAGACCAUGGGCCGUCAAGCAUAAAUGCCUUUCUGUUUCAUGUCAUUCAUAGAAACCGUCUGCUUUUAUACAAUUGUGAUGUGAAGUAUGGUUGUUUGAGCCACUUGUUCUGUGUAUUGGGUGGAUGUGCAUUUUGUUGAAAUAUAGUACAUAUAAAUAAUAAAACAAACAUACUUUCUGGUA